GAAACCACGCGGGUGUUGUCUCUCUUUAGAAUGAUCCACAGCUCACGUUUAUGUUGGACAGUGAGUGACACUUCUCCAUGCAGGCUCGUCAUUGCCUUGCCAAAGCUCCCAUCGGAUUACAUCUUAUAUUCCUCUGGAACACUGCUCUGAUUAAGGAGAGCUGGCUUAGGAAAGGAACUUUUGGUAGUUGGGACACAGAGAGGAAGAAAGCCCAACUUUCAUUUAUUUGCCCCUGUGGGGCAGUGUUCUUAUCAUUUUGUUUCAUUCAUUCCUUUUGGCUGGAGUGACUGUAUUGAGAGUUUGAGUCAAAAGAAAGACAACAGUUUUUUGGUUGUCUGAAGACAAAGACAAGAUGUUGUCAGAGGUGGUGUCAAACGUUUUGAAGUUCUAUGACUACUUUCUGAAAAGAACAGAUCCCAGAGUACGGGAUUAUCCACUGAUGAAGAGUCCUGUUGAAAUGACGCUCAUCCUGCUGGGAUACGUGUUCCUUGUUCUACAUGUAGGGCCACGAUUCAUGGCAAAUCGCAAACCCUUCCAACUCAACACGACUAUGAUUUUCUACAACUUCUUCAUGGUGGCCUAUAAUGCCUACAUUGUUUAUGAGUUUUUGAUGUCUGGUUGGGGAACAACAUACACCUGGAGAUGUGAUCUCUGUGACCCCUCCAGCAGCCCUCAGGCUCUCAGGAUGAUUCGAGCAGCCUGGUUGUUCUAUUUUUCAAAGUAUGUCGAGCUGCUUGAUACGAUGUUUUUUGUGUUGAGAAAGAAGCACAGUCAGGUGACAUUCCUGCAUAUAUUCCACCAUUCUGUCAUGCCAUGGACUUGGUGGUGGGGCAUCACUCUUACUCCUGUUGGAGGAAUGGGUUCGUUUCACGCUUUGGUGAACGCCUGCGUCCAUGUCAUCAUGUACAGCUACUACGGUCUGGCCGCUGCAGGGCCACGUUUCCAGAAGUAUCUUUGGUGGAAAAAAUACAUGACUGCUAUCCAGCUGAUUCAGUUUGUGCUGGUGUCUGUCCAUAUCUCUCAGUAUUACUUCAUGGAAAAGUGUGACUACCAAGUUCCCCUUUUCAUCCAUCUUAUCUGGAUCUAUGGCAUGUUUUUCUUUAUCCUCUUCUCCAAUUUCUGGAUCCAAGCUUAUAUAAGGGGCAAGCGGCUACCUGUUAGCAAAGAAGACAAACCCAAACAGAACGGCACUACCACUCUGACUGUGGCAGUGGUGGUACCCAAUGGCAAACACUUGGAAAAUGGUACCGUGCACUACACUAAUGGAUUUACUCACAAUGGGAAAGUGAAGGAGAUCUAAACAGAUCAGAAAAUAUAGCAUAGGGGACUCCACUGGAACACCACCCUAGACCAGAGACAUAAUUGCAAUUUUUGUUUUUGUUAUUUUUUAUGAUCGCACCGGAGAUGAAAUGGCACAUCGGAUCUGGCAGUAGGCCCCCCUUUCUUUUGUAUUUAUUGAUGUAAUAGCAUCAAGCUGGGGAGCACUGUGCAUGAAGAGAAUUCGUCCACUGAAAUCGGCAUUGUUGACGUCGCUCUGAAACCCGACUGUCUAUGUUGACCUCGGCUUUUGCUGGCGUAUGAUUCUUCCAGUUGUUUGCACACUGUACAGUUCUUACAGAUCUAACCCAAACUUGACUGUAAAUAAAUAUUUCUUCACAAUUUAUUGGAAAUGUAUGAGUUGUCAAUUUUUAUUCUGUUCAUAACUUAUCAUUUAAUAAACGUUUUUU